GCCGUGGCAGGGAUUUUGAUCUUUGAUCAUUGGUUGAUGGAUUUUGAGCUCAACUUUUUGAACCACAAAAACAAAUAAUGUAAUGCUGUACAAUUAAUAACAUUACCUACUCUAUUACUAUCUGAAUCUGACCUUGAUCGUAUGGAAAUUACGGACAAAUUUAAUGUACUUAAGCAGUUGUAGUUUGAUCUUUGACUUAAAAACUAAUUGUGUCUGUUGAAUUAUUACAUAUAUAAUUUUAUUUAUUACUCACUGCUCUAAGAAUCAUAACGAACAUUUUCCUCAUGAUAUAAAAACAACUACUAUGAUAUCCUGGUGACCAAAAUGUUUAAUAUAACUAUAUAAAGUUGGUAUAUAAUUACGGGUCGUAAUAUGGAAUUGAAAGAGUGGAAAUUAAAAGUCCCAUGGGGAAAUAUUGCAUUGCUAUCAUAUGGCAAUACCAGUGGAGAACCAGUAUUAUUAGUUCAUGGUCGCCUAGACAGUGCCGCCACAUUUUUACCUCUACUAAAGUUGAUGCCUGCAAAGUAUUAUUGUGUCCUGGUUGAUUUGCCGGGUAAUGGCAAGUCAGAUCCUUUCCCAAAAGGUAUGGCCCUUACCCGUUUCAUUGGUGUACCCAUCAUUGAUUUAGUGGUCCAACAUUUGGGAUGGGAACAGUUCAUUUAUAUUGGACAUUCUCUUGGUUCUGAACAGGGAAUGUUCUACGCUUCAAUUUACCCAAAACGAGUGAAGAAAGCUAUCUAUUUAGACCCGGGACCGUCGCUCGAAUACUGCAAUGUGCAAGAUUAUAAACGAUUUUUCAAAUCAUAUCAAAACUUUUAUGAUAAUUACCAUAAAUACGAUAGUGAGAGGGCAUACACCAAAGAGCAGGCCAUGAGGUCCGUUCUGAAUGCGAGGGCUAUUAAUGAGGAGGAAGCGGAGAUAGUACUGUCAAGGUGUCUGGUGGAAAUGGGGCCCAAUUUGUACAGAUUAUCUUGGGAUAGGCGUUACAAAAUUACACCCGGAUUUAAUUCACUACGAGAACAAUUUUAUAUAGAUUUAUUUUCCCAACAUCGGACGCCGUCAUUAUUUAUUUGUGCUAGCCUCAUGACAGAUUUCUACUACCAGCAGUCAAACCUAUCUGUCAAGCUUAUGUCCCAUAUGUCAGAAGCGAAUAAAAAUGUCAAUGUCAUUUGGGUCGAAGGUGGCCAUGAUGUCCAUUUGACGAAUCCAGAGAGAUUUAUAGAGGAAUUGUUGAUGUUUUUAGAUAAUGAUAUUCUUAUUUCGAAAUUAUAGAUUUUUAUACAAAUAUAUUGUUAUAAAAGAUGUAAAAAAUUACGAACAGAGUUUGUUUAUUAUUAAUAUAUUAUAAGUUGUCUGACUCCCUUAAACGAUUUUUGGUCAAUUGAUUUAUUUUAUUUUUGCUCUCUAACAUCACACAUGUUAUCAGGAGGACAAUCACUUAUAAAUAUGUUAUAGAAAGGAUUUACUUAAAAAGAUCAAAAAUAAAAUACCAAUUUCGCGGCAAUUGAUAUAAGCGCCAUCUCGCUUAUAUCAAUUAUAAUUCAAAUUGCUGCAGAGCACACGGGACGGUAAAGUGGUGGUGGUAUGUGUGAUAAAGUUUAUACGUAGUAUUUAACCUUUUUUUUAAUACCCUUAAAAUCAUAAUAGCAUUUAACUGGGUUUGGUUUCGAUUUGGGAGCGUUCUAGUAUUACGUCACGCAAGUUUUGGAGAUUCUUGAUCCUCCCCCAUGAAACGCGCCGUAACGUUGCUGUAUCUAAUAGUAAAACGUUUCGUGACCACCCCCCAGUGACU